AUGGAUAUCGCCCUCGAAGUUUGGGACACUUUUAUCGGUGAUCGCCUUUACUCCUCGCUCCUUCCUCUGUCGCUCUCAUCCUCUGCCUCAAUCCCUGGAUUCGCUACGGCUGCCAAUAGUACCUUGUCCUUAUUCGGCGCAUCGAGGCCCUACGUCUACGAACCGGCCACGCAUUUGUUCUACUUGGAGCCUAGCAAAUAUGCUUACCUGAGCGCUUGGCCGAGAAACAACAUUUACCGUCAGUUUCUUAGUUUUUUCUUGAUUGUUUGGAUCUUUGGUCUGAUUGUCUACUUCAUCUGUGCAACACUGUCGUACAUCUUCAUUUGGGACAAGACUACAGUUCACCACCCUAAAUUUCUAAAGAACCAGAUUCCCAUGGAAAUCACUCAAACCAUGCAAUCGAUGCCUGUCAUGUCCCUGUUGACUGCCCCCUUUCUCGUGGCGGAAGUCCGUGGCUACGCCAAACUCUACGAUACCUUCCAGGAAGAGCCCUUUCCCUACUAUAGCAUCCUGCAAUUCCCGCUCUUCAUCGCCUUUACAGAUCUCUGCAUCUACUGGAUCCACCGUGGCUUGCACCAUCCGUUGAUCUACAAGACACUGCAUAAGCCUCACCACAAGUGGAUCAUGCCUAGCCCGUUCGCCUCCCACGCUUUUCACCCUCUCGAUGGAUGGUCUCAGAGCGUUCCUUACCACGUCUUCCCUUUCAUCUUUCCCCUUCAAAAACUUGCAUAUGUCUUCCUCUUCGGGUUUAUUAACCUAUGGACCGUACUGAUCCAUGACGGUGAAUACGUGGCCAAUAGCCCCGUCGUCAACGGCGCCGCCUGUCACACCAUGCAUCACCUUUAUUUCAAUUAUAACUACGGCCAAUUUACUACUCUAUGGGAUCGUCUGGGUGGCAGCUACCGGAAACCAAACGCCGAGCUCUUCCGUCGUGAGACUAAAAAUGAUCAGGAGGAAUGGAAAAGGCAAACAAAAGAAAUGGAGACCAUCCUGCAGACUGUUGAAGGCGAGGAUGAUCGGAGAUACUUGGCCGAAGACGAGACUAAGAAGACGCUGUGA